AUGAAUCUGAACGAAGCAAAGCAGAAGUUUUCAGAGCUAUUAUUGAACACAAAAGCUGAGUCAAGAGAGGAUCUGAUAAACUUUCUCAAGAACUCUGAAGAAAUAGAAGAUUUUAUCAGCGAUUCCCAUGUUCAAAUCCUGGAGUCCAUUUCAGAGCAGCUGCGUUCAGUCGUACCGUGUUCUGGAGUUUUACAAUCUGAAUCAAUCGUCAACCUGGACGAUCCUCAGACUGAACACAUUGACGCUUUUCUCUUUCCAGACGAUGUUUUAGAUGAUUUCUGUGACGAGGGAAAGAUGAGUAGACAUUACUGUUCAAACUGUGGUUCUAAGAAAACUCAGAAACUAGACUUGGUAUCACAUUCCUUUUCAGUGUGGGAGUUGAAAUGGCUCUUCACUAAAAUCCUCCCUCCACUCGCUAACAAAGUCAUCAUGGAUGUUGGUUCUAGGUUGGGAUGCGUUCUUUACGCUGCUGCCGAGUACACAAACGCUUCUAAAAUAAUCGGUGUAGAACUAAACCCUGAUUUCUGUGCACUGCAGAACUCCAUCAUCGAACAGUACAACUACGACAAGAUAGAAGUGAUACAAGCUGAUAUCAGAACACAAGAUCAGCUGCUGAAAUCUUGCGACGUGGUAAUACUGAACAACGUAUUCGAACAUUUCCAAAGUCCAGAGGAUCAAGCAAAGUGUUGGGACGUUAUAUUUGGUAGUCUGAGAAGAAAGGGUCAGGUUAUUGUUACGGUUCCGUCUUUACAGGAAAGUUUGGAUGAGUUGAAAGGUCAACUACCCGACAACUGGGUUAGUGAGAUUGAGUGGGAGUUGGAUGAGGAACUGGUUCCUGAUGAGUGUGAUUUGGAGUCCCUCAAAUCAGUUCAUCUUUACCAAGUUCUGUGA